CCAUUUUGGUUUUGUUCACGGUCUUGCAGUCACAGCAACUCGAUUACACAGGACUCAUCCAGUGACUCGACAUUAUAGCCCGAAACCUUUCAACCCGUACACCCUUUCUACAAUCAUCGAACUACAAUCAUCGUUGUUAUUGACGUUUAGACCCGCACUAGAGGAGCGGUUUGCACUGAGAAGGGACAGAGAAGGAUUAUUGAUGUCCAGCUCGCCGCUGUCCAAGAAGCGUCGCGUGUCAGACUCCGAGACGAAGACGGGAUCCCACUGCUCCUCCUCUAACUCUGUCAGAACUGAACUGUCUCACACACCCACCAACGGCAUGGCUAAGAAUGGCAAUGAUGCUGAGAUCGACGAAGGCCUGUACUCCAGACAGCUCUACGUGUUGGGCCAUGAUGCUAUGAAGCGCAUGCAGAGAUCCAACGUCCUGGUCUCAGGGCUGAGAGGGCUGGGUGUGGAGAUCGCUAAGAACGUCAUCCUGGGAGGAGUGAAGAGUGUUACCCUGCACGACCAGGGACAGGCUGAAUGGAGAGACCUCUCCUCACAGUUCUACCUGCGUGAGGAGGACCUGGGGAAGAACAGGGCUGAGGUGUCUCGGACUCGCCUGGCUGAACUCAACAGCUAUGUACCUGUAGUAGCCUACACUGGAGCCCUCAUCGACCAUUACCUGACUCAGUUCCAGGUUGUAGUCCUGACCAACUCCCCUCUAGAGGAGCAGCAGCGUAUCGGAGACUUCUGUCACAGUAACGGCAUCAAGCUGGUGAUCGCUGACACACGGGGACUCUUCGGACAGCUCUUCUGUGACUUCGGAGAGGAGAUGGUGGUGAUCGAUACCAACGGAGAGCAGCCUCUCUCUGCCAUGAUCUCCAUGAUCACUAAGGAUGCGUCAGGCGUGGUGACGUGUCUAGACGAGGCUCGCCACGGGUUUGAGAGCGGAGACUUUGUGACCUUCACCGAGGUGCAGGGCAUGACGGAGCUCAACGGCUGUCAGCCAGUAGAAAUCAAGACCCUGGGCCCCUACACCUUCAGUAUCUGUGACACCACAGGGUUCUCCGACUACGUCAGGGGAGGCAUCGUCUCUCAGGUCAAGAUGCCCCAGAAGGUGGCCUUCAAACCCCUGACUGCAUCAAUGGCGGAGCCAGAGUUUGUGCUGACAGACUUUGCUAAGUUUGAACGACCAGGACAGCUUCACCUGGGCUUCCAGGCUCUACACAGCUACCAGAGGAAACACAGCAGGCUGCCCAAGCCCUGGUGUCAGGCUGAUGGAGAGGAGUUGGUGACCCUGGCUAAAGAGGUGAACUCCGCCCAGACGGGGUCAGCCAAGGUGGACGAGCUGGAUGACACGCUCAUUAAGAAACUAGCCUUUGUCUCCGCCGGCGACCUGGCACCACUCAACGCUUUCAUUGGUGGACUGGCUGCACAGGAAGUUCUGAAGGCGUGUACAGGGAAGUUCAUGCCCAUGAUGCAGUGGCUGUACUUUGAUGCUCUGGAGUGUCUGUCUGAGGAAGAGGGAGGAGCCAUGCUCACUGAGGAGGACUGUGCCCCUAGGAACAGUCGCUAUGACGGCCAGAUCGCUGUGUUUGGCUCCAAGCUGCAGGAGGAGUUGGCUAAACAGCGUUACUUCCUGGUUGGGGCUGGCGCUAUUGGCUGUGAGCUGCUGAAGAACUUCGCCAUGAUUGGAUUGGCCAGCGGGGAGGGUGAGGUCAUCGUGACAGACAUGGACACCAUAGAGAAAUCCAACCUCAACAGACAGUUCCUCUUCAGGCCGUGGGACGUGACGAAGAUGAAGAGCGAGACGGCGGCAGCGGCGGUGAAACAGAUGAACCCGUCCAUCCGUAUCACGGGACACCAGAACCGCGUCGGGCCCGACACAGAGCGAGUCUACGAUGACGACUUCUUCGAGAGCCUCCACGGAGUCGCCAACGCUCUGGACAACGUCGACGCACGUAUGUAUAUGGACCGGCGGUGUGUCUACUACCGGAAGCCCCUGUUAGAGUCCGGUACUCUGGGUACCAAGGGGAACGUUCAGGUGGUCAUCCCCUUCCUGACAGAGUCGUACAGCUCCUCGCAGGAUCCCCCGGAGAAGUCCAUCCCCAUCUGCACACUGAAGAACUUCCCCAACGCCAUCGAACACACUCUGCAGUGGGCCCGUGAUGAGUUUGAGGGUCUGUUUAAACAGCCAUCAGAGAACGCCAUGCAGUACCUCACUGAUGCUAAGUUCCUGGAGAGAACCCUGAAGCUGCCUGGAGCCCAGCCUCUAGAGGUGUUGGAGGCCGUCUAUAAGAGUUUGGUGACUGACUGCCCUCGCAGCUGGGCCGACUGUGUCACCUGGGCUCGUCACCACUGGCAGUGUCAGUACAGCAACAACAUCUGUCAGCUACUGCACAACUUCCCCCCAGAACAGCUGACCAGCUCUGGCGCCCCCUUCUGGUCCGGUCCAAAGAGAUGUCCUCACCCUCUGGAGUUUAGCACCAGCAACGACCUCCAUAUGGACUAUGUGAUGUCAGGAGCCAACUUGUUUGCCCAGUCGUACGGCAUGCAGGGCUCUACCGACCGUGUCGGCGUGGCUAAGAUCCUGGACAGCCUAUCGGUGCCCACCUUCGUCCCCAGGUCAGGGGUCAAGAUCCACGUCUCCGACCAGGAGCUGCAGAGCGCUCACGGCAACGUCGGUGAGGAUGGGAUUGAUUUGAUUUGUUAAGGAAACUUCUAUGGA